AUGGAUGAAUCAAUGGAAUCUCUGACUCAGCCAGAUCUGGUUUACCCACAAACCGCUCAGCCGAUGGAAACUGCCCCAGCAAGUAUGGCUCCAUCAUCAGGUCCUCAAGCCGGCAGACAUGAGGAGUUCUCUGUAGAGAAGGUACUGGAUCGUAGGAUGAAGAAUGGCAAAGUUGAAUAUUUACUCAAGUGGAAGGGUUAUUCUGAUGACGACAACACUUGGGAACCAGAGGACAACCUCGACUGCCCUGAACUCAUAUCUGCAUAUGAAGAAGCUCGUACAAAGAGGGAGAAGGAAGCUGCCGCGGCUGCCUCUGCUGCUGCAGCCGCAGCUGCAGCCGCUGCAGCUGCCGCCACUGCCGCUGCAGCUCCUGACCCUAUAGAAGAAAACUUGGCUAGCCGUAAGAGGAGUAGGAGAGCAGACAAAAAGAAAAAAAAUGAGGUAAUACAAGAGAUUGAGAAGCCACGUGGGUUAGCGCGCGGCCUAAUGCCCGAGAAGAUUCUAGCUGGUCAACUGUUCCAUGGAACUUUAUUCUUUUUGGUCAAAUGGCACAAUUGUACAGAUUUCGACGUGGUACCGGGCCAUGAUUUGGGUGAAGCCUACCCGGAGUUUGUCAUAAAUUACUACGAGGCGUGUGCGCCGUUUAGUGUAAGACAUAAAGUCGGCAAGAUUAUGAGAAUAGCACCAGAGUUGCCUUCAGGAGUUACAUCAACAGCAGAACCAAUGGAUGUGCCGGCAGAAUUAGCAGCUAUACCGACAGAGACUCAAGAAACUACCCAAGGGCUACCAACAGAGGAUGCGUCCCAGCCUUUAGAAGUUCCAGUCAACUGA